GCGCUGAGGGGAUGGCUGCGGGGAGGGAUGCGGUGCCUUGCGUCCUCCACCCCGAUGCCGGCCUGGGUUUGUUCCCCCGCUUGCAGUGGGGCCGUCUGAGCGGGGUGGGGGAUACCCUCCUCUCCUCAAUGCAGUGGGGCCGUCCGGGUGGGGAUUCCCCCCAGUGGCGCCGCCCGUGCGGUGAGAGGUUCCCCCCCUCUCUGCAGUGGUAGAGCCCCGCUGUGGCCCUCCCUGUGUUACAGUGGACGAGCUCAUGUGGGCCUAGGGGGUGCCGUCCCUCUCUGCUGUCAGUGCUCGUGGGCAGGGGCCUUAGUCUGUCUGUCCCUGCUCUGGAGCUGGUCGAGGUCUGGCUCUCACAUCCUCGCAGAGUCUCGGCAAGGAGAGAUGGCCCUGGCAUCACCCCACCCAACCUGGAGGUGUGGAGCGGGAUUUGGCUGCCAUGUCACUGUCACAUCUUCCCCUCGCAUGGCAGCACAACCCCAGACGGGCCUUUGGCUGCCAUGGAGCCUGAGCCCAGUGGGAAAUGCUGGCUGUGCCCUGCCCAGCCACUGCAUCCUCUGCUGGAGCUGCCAGGCGUCCCCUCAGCGUGGCGGGACCUGCGGGUGGGCUGCUGUGGGUGGCACAGCUGCUUGGGCUUGUCCUCUUGGUAGCCAAAGAAAUGGCGUCCCCAUCUGCGGCCUUGCCCUGCAGGCACCACUUGCUCCCUGCAUUCCUCCCCACCAUGGGUGACGUUGGCUGCUUUGGUUUGUGACCUGUGUCUGUGUUUAUCAGGCCCAGAAGUCACAGAGAUCUCUGGUGGCCUUGGCAGCUGGACUUCCUUUGGCCCUUUAGUUAGCAGCAUGAGGCUGGUGGCCGAAGCCAGGGAGUAGAAGGGAGGUGGCAGCUUCUUUGAACAGUUUGUGUUGGUGAAAAGUCUCCCUGGUGAGAGAAGAUGGAGAUACUGUAGCAGGAGCUCCCAGGUUACAUGGGCAAAGCAGUAAACCAGACCUCUCGCCUGUGCUUCCUGUUAUGUCUUAACAAGAACAGGCUCAACAUGUGCAGUAAUCUCAUCCUCUGCCUUCUGUGAUUCCAUUCUUGGGAGUUUUCUGUAAGGGUUUCACAUUUACUUCCAAAUCUGUAAUUUAGGCCACGGUUACCUGGCAAUGGCUCCCGUAGCAGUGGUGUGGAAGUCUGCUAUAGGAUUAGCACUUAUGCGAAUGGUAACAUCGCGGGAAAACAGUUCUUUAUCUAAUAUGUUCUUCUUAUACUGUAAAACAAUGAAAUGCUAAGAAAAGGGAUGCAGCUUGCUGUUAAGUUAAAUGCCUUACCAGAUUCCAAGACUAUGAGAUCUACCCGGUUACCUCUAUUAACCAACCUUGUAAUCUCAUUACAGAAUGAGAUCUGAUUUAAUGAGAUUGCUCUGCGGGAACACAGUUCCAUAGAAACUACCAGCUGGUUCAAGGUGUUAAUUGUUGUCUGUGUGGCAGUUCUGUUGACGUGUAUGGACUCUGCAGGAGUGCUGGAAGCACGUGAUUGCUUGUUGUAAGAAGGGUAUUACCAAAUCUCUCAUGAUACAGAGCCAUCUGUGAUUGUUGAAUUAGUAAACAGUGCUGGGAGGUGCCCUCAGAGUCCCUUUGCAGUGACACGUUUCCUUGCGUGAUCCAGGUGGCGUCAGGUUUUCAAGGGCUUUAUUGCUUUACAAUUCAGAUACUGGGCUGCUGGGGGUCUGGGGAGUUCGUUUCACUCUGUCAGCAUGUGGGUUAUAUGAGGAAAUGUGGAGUUAGGAUUUCAGAACAUGGAGAAACUGAGAGUCUUGGAGAAGAGGGCGUAUGGAAUCAAAUCUGGUCAGAGUAGCCUAAUUUUGUGCAGUAUGUCUAGAUAGGAGCUUUCCUGGGAUAGGAUUUUGAGACUUUUUUUGGUUUAAGUGGAGUCUCUUUCAGUUUCAGUCAAUGAAAUAGUUCUGUGGAUGGAUUUCUCUCUACUGAACAGAGUCCUGCCAGAGUCUAAGUAGCUCCAUGGUGUGCAGACCCACGGGUGUGUCUGUGCUUCAGGGGCCUCCUGGGGUACCACGCGCUGGGUAGGAAGGAGCGUGCAGAACCUGGUCUGUGCUUACAAAACAGACUUGUCACUGGUGGAUUAGGCCAACCAGAGGAAAACAUCCACAUCUGUGUCCUCUGCCUGAGAAUGUCGCUUAUGGGACCUGUCAGGAAUCAAUGUACCCAGCACCAGACGCUGUGCUGGGACAGGUCACAGGGCAGCAGGUUUGUCGUGGGCACAGCUCCAGCCUGGCUUCCCUGGGGCUGGACCACCAGCCACUCAGUCCUAUCUGGCCAUGAGGAAUGUCUGGAAAUUGGGUGCCCUUUUGGGUGGCUUAUCUAGCUGAUGGAUUUAUUGUCUAGUGGAUGCAAGGGCACAGAGCUGUUGUAUUUUUCUAGUCAGCUACACAAAAUCCAGACUAUGCAGCAGAGGUAGCAUAGUGGCAGCUGGAGCAAGCACAGAUGUAUCCUAAAGUAGUAUUUGGAAUAUUCCAGCCUGCAUUACCCAUAUAGUGGAGAAUGAGUGAGAGACUCAUCCUGCUACUGCGGUCAGGUCUGCAGAUGACUAUUUCAGGUUCCUGAGUGGCAACUGCAGCAUAUAGGAAUUGUCUGGCCCCGCUUAAAAGACUGGGUUAGGCCAAGAUUCACGUAUGCGUCUCUGCUGCCAACUUGGUACAACCAGCUUCCGCUGUGGAAGGCUGGAGCUCAGCUUUGUUGUAAGGCCAAAGAGUUGCUGAGUUGCUGUGGGACACGAUGACUUGUGAAUCCAGCUGUGAGCUGGCUGGGAGGUUGGAGCAGAUGUGCGAGCCCCAAGCUGUGGUGUGUUUCCAGCCACCGUACGCCAGCGCUCUCAAACAAAAGCAACGCUUUCCUGGUAGCCGGUAUUCAAACAUCCUUCUCAAGGAGAUAAGAUCUGCAAACGUCACUGGCAGGAGCAACGCCAGAUGUCAGAUGCGGAGGUGGGAGUUUCUGAAAUAAAGCCUUGUUACUUUCUAAUUUACGAGCUUGUUGCUUUAUGAGUGUGCGUUAGAAGUUCAGCAGGAAUGAAUGAUAGCUAUUCCCUCCUGCAGCUCCUCUUCCCAUCACUACUUAAAGCCUAAUGUUGAAAAGUUCUGACAUACUCCAUGAGUAAUUUCCAUCCCAAGGAAAAGGUUAUGAAAAUACCAGUGUGGCAGGCUUAAAUAGUGCAAUGCUUUGGAUGUAGAAGCAAAAUUGACUUUUUACGGACAGCUAUGAUUUGUUACUUUUCAUCUGCACGUUUGAAGAUGGGGAGGGAAAAUAAAAAACUAAAAAAUUACCUAACAACUAUCCCAGCAAAGUGAAAUCACUUACAAAUGUCAGCUGGCUGGAGGAGUUGCACAUCUGUCAGGGAGUGACGAGAGAGAAGAAGGCGAGAAGUGGAAUUUUGCCUUAUUUAAACAGCGCCGUAGCAUAUAAACGACAAAAUGUGGUGUCUCUGGAAACUUCAGCAGCUGUGGCUUGUGCAUCAUGUGCUUAGUGAAGCACCAUUUGGAUGGGUACACGUGUAAAGUGCAGCACUAAGGACCAAGCCUAGCGCAGGCUUUGCUUUCAAGCAGGCAUUGGGUAGCAAAGCCAAGUCCAGGUUUAGGUUUAGCACUGCCCUGGGGGGUCAGACCCCAUGUUCUGCCCCAUGGCAGCAGCAGGAGAUGCUAUUUAGGGGGAGAGCACGAGAGCCGGGCUGCUGGCUGGGGGCCUUUCUGCUCGUCCAUGCCCAGCACGCGAAUUCCUCAGAUUAGGGAUGCUAGAGGGAAUAGCACCUCUGCAACCUUCUUUGGCAGCAGAAGUCAGGUGUUUGCUACCUGACAGGUAAAGAAGUAUUUUUGUGUGCUUUAAAUUGAUAUCCUGCUAGUUACAGUGGAUGCUCCCAGCUCUUGUGUCCUGUCACACAAUAGUUCCACCUUCACCUUAUCCACCGUAAACCUCGGUCGUGUACCCCUUCAGCCUUUCCUCUCUGCCUGGAGUCCCAGCUGUUCAGUCUCUCCUCAGCUCCCUCAGUCCCUGCAUCGCUUGAGUUGACCUUCUUUGAUCUCCCUCAUCUCUGUGCCUCAGGAAGUUUGUUGUAAGGUUAGAUGUGCACACAGUUGUCAAGGUUUGGAUAUGCAGAGGUUUCAUGUGGUGUAAAAUGAUACUGUCCAUGUGUGCUCCAUCCCAUUCAAGAGGGCACCCAGCUCUCUGGUGGCUUCAUCUGCCCGUGAGCCAGUUCCCUGAGCCAGAAGGCUCUUGGGGAGAGAGAGCGCUCAUCAGUGGGUCAGUUGGCUGAGCUCUCCCUUCUUAACCUUUCUUUUUACACAUCACAAAUUCUUGAUUUCUUUUCAAUUAAUGACCGCGCAAAACGCAAUUUCCCCUUGAGGCUGCUCAUCUGUCUUUAAUUACACCCAUAAAAGUUCACUGUCUGGCUGAGAUCCCCUCCAAGCAGUGUCUUAGCUGUGUCUGGCGGUGGGUUUUGGCGUGGCGGGGACGCAGGACGGUGGCUCAGCUCCACGAGGGCUCUGCAGUUGGAUCCAGUUGAGGUCUAGCGCUUUGGCCGGGAGUGGAGCUGCUGUGCGGUUUCAAUCUAGUGAUGUAAUUGACUGGAACAAAUGCUGUUCCUGCUUCUUCUGAACUAGUUAUGAGGAAUUCCUUGGGAUAGGCAGAGUGGAUGGUUAUUUUUGCUUUUCUAGUCUUGCCUAGAAGUGGUCAGACUCGUGGCUUUUGGGAAAUGCUGAAUGGGACUAGAGUUUCAUUGGUUUUCAUACCUAGCGAUUUAUUCUUCCCGUUGAGCUUCCGUUUGGACUUGCUGCCGCUGAUGUCGCAAGCCCAAGAAGGCUAGCGUGGUGCGUAGUUUCCCAUUUCUGACGUGCUUAUUCUUAUCCUACGUUGUGAAGUUGUCCCCGUGACAUGUCCGAGCUGAGUGAGUGCAGACCCUGGGGGGCUGAAACAGGAGUGAUUUCAGCCCUUUCUCUUGGUUGUGACAGCAUUAAGACCCUGUUGUCACCCAUCAUGCAUAUGCUCUGAACAGGGCUUCUUAGGAUGGCACGGGCUGGAGAAGCUGGCAUGCACUGAUGUAAGGACCCUUAACAUCUUACCAGACACACAAGUGCCUCUGAAGAGGUGCCUUGUGUUUUGUCUUUGAUCUGUAGUGACUUCAGAGUGAGAGGGAACUCGGUCUAAAAAGCACACGAGUAUAUUGAGGGAGGACCGUGUUCCCACAUCUGGUCCAUGCUGGUGUGGGGAGUCCUCCCCUCACACCUCAGCCCCUUGUGAAUGUACAGUGACUUGUUCUGGUAUAAACCUGCUGUUUCCAUUUAUUUCCUUAUAUGUUGCUGUCCAGCCAAAGCAUCUUUGUCUCAAACACUGAUCCUAAAAUUCAGGCCACCCCAAGACAAGCUGGACAGCUGCUAAGUGACUUUUGAUUGCCUUUAUUGCAUGACAGGAGUGUGUCCACUGCGUGCUGUCAUGUUCUAGUUGUGUCUUGUCAUGCCACAAAGCAGCAACGCUGCUUGCCAUAAAUAACUGCCGUCUGAGCCAGCCCAGGUGCAGUCAGCUGUGACUGCGGGGGGAAGCAGUGCGCACGUGUGGCAUUACCUCACAGCUGCUGUGUUUUAUUUGGCUAAAAUUUACACUGGUAUCUAAAAACGUCAGUGACUACGUGUAUUUUUUUGAAGGCUGCUUUGUUUUCUUUUCAGCUGUAUAACUUAAUUCCUCCUCUGACUUUGCCUUUUAAGAGCUGGGAAGAGCUAAUCGGCUACUUGCUGGAUAACAAAGAACAUGACAGGGAGCAACAAUGGAUUGGCCCCAACAAAGGUGUAGCAGGUGUUGGGAUGAGACAUCCCAUCUGAAAUGGAGGUGAUCAAGGGAGCUGAACGUCAACUGCACCAACAUGGGGUUGCGACUGUUGGCUUGGCUUUUUCAUUUGCCCACUGCAGUGAUCUACGGGUCUCUGUCGCUCUUUGUUUCCAUUUUGCACAACGUAUUCCUCCUGUACUACGUGGACACCUUUGUCUCUGUUUACAAGAUUGAUAAACUGUCCUUUUGGAUAGGAGAGACAGUGUUUCUGAUCUGGAACAGCCUCAAUGAUCCUCUGUUUGGCUGGCUGAGCGACCGAGUGUUCCUUAGCACGCAGCAGCCAGGAGCAGAGAUUUCCUCCCCAGAAGUAGUUCUGAAGAGGCUCAGAGCACUAAGUCACAAUGGCCCCCUCUUUGCCAUCUCCUUCCUGGCUUUCUGGGUUGCCUGGGCUCAUCCUGGUUUGCAGUUCCUUCUUUGCCUUUGCAUGUACGACAGCUUUCUCACCAUGGUUGACCUCCAUCACAACGCCUUGCUCGCAGACCUGGCUGUUUCAGCAAAAGACAGGACUAGCCUCAACUUCUACUGCUCCCUCUUCAGUGCCAUAGGCUCCCUCUCUGUCUUCAUGUCCUACGCAGUGUGGAACAAAGAGGACUUCUUUUCCUUUCGCAUAUUUUGCGUGGUGCUGGCCCUCUGCUCCAUCAUUGGUUUUACCCUGUCCACACAGCUGCUUCGUCAGCGGUUUGAGGCUGAUGGGAAAGCAAAAUGGGACCAGGAAUCAACCCUAAAAGAGCUGUACAUUGAGAAACAUUCUGUCCCCCAGGAGAAGAGGAUCACCCUGGCAGAGUAUCUCCAGCAGCUCUCCCGGCAUCACAACUUCCUCUGGUUUGUCUGCAUGAACCUCGUCCAGGUUUUUCACUGCCACUUUAACAGCAACUUCUUCCCUCUGUUCCUGGAGCACCUGCUGUCAGACCAGAUCUCUGUCUCUACUGGAUCUUUCCUGCUUGGUGUUUCCUACAUUGCCCCCCAUCUCAACAACCUCUACUUCCUGUCCCUCUGCCGCCGCUGUGGGGUUUAUGCUGUGGUUCGAGGACUCUUCUUCCUGAAGCUGACUCUCAGCGUUGUCAUGCUUCUGGCAGGACCUGACCAGGUGUAUCUGCUCUGCAUCUUCAUUGCCAGCAACCGGGUGUUCACAGAAGGGACCUGUAAGUUGCUCAACCUGGUGGUGACUGAUUUGGUGGAUGAGGAUCUAGUCCUGAACCGUAGGAAGCAGGCAGCCUCCGCACUGCUCUUUGGGAUGGUGGCUUUGGUCACCAAGCCAGGCCAGACCUUCGCCCCUCUGAUCGGCACCUGGCUGCUCUGUGCAUACACAGGCUACGACAUCUUCCAGCGCAACCCCUUGAGCAACGUGGUGAGUGCCCAGCCGAAGCUGGAGUCUGCCGCAGCCUUGGAGCCAACUCUUCGCCAGGGUUGCUUUUACCUCCUUGUCUUCGUGCCCAUCGCAUGUGCACUGCUGCAGCUCCUCAGCUGGUCCCAGUUCAGCUUGCAUGGGAAGCGUCUGCAGAUGGUGAAGGCCCAGCGCCAAAGCCUGACGGAAGGCCGAGCACCAGAGGUCAAAACGAUCUAGGGGUGUCUGAGUCCCUGGGGCGCUGCUGGUUCCAGGCUGGUGCAGGACUGCAGGCUAAGCGCAGGGAUUGCGGGCUGAGAAACCCUGAGGUUUAGGGUUCAACUGUGAAAUGCUGUCAUGACAAUGUUUACUCAUUCCGGGAGGUGGUCAUCAAGGAAGGCAGAGUUGUUCAGUGGCACGGGCCUGGGAUAGAUCGCUUGGCCGCAGGAGCAAGAUGAUUUUAUCCCAGGCUGGCCUGGGGAGCAGAGGGCUGCUCAUCCCAGCAGGGAGGUGCUGGGUUGCAGUGUGGGCUAGAGACAGACGCAUCCGUGGUGCAGUCCUCUGCCCUGGGCAUGGCCCUGGGGAGCCGCAGCCUCUCCAGCUGAGCAGGAGGCUGCACAGGGAGCACAGAAGAGGCUGCUUUACAAGACCUUGCCAGAGCCCUGCAGCUUUGGGGAGUGGAGUGGGAGGCACCUGAGGGGGACCAAGUGACCCAGGGGAAGAGCAGGGUCAAGAGGACCCUGAAGGCCUCAACCUCUCCCACAUAGUUUUGCAGUUCUUGGACCAAAUCAGUUCUUAUGUGUUUCUUGUUUCCAGGACAAUAUCCCGCGCAGCCAGGGUCUGCUGGCUGUGCUUAUUUUAUGCUGAGGCUUCCUCUGUGGCUUUGCAGGGAGAGUUGUUGGUGGGCUGGGAAAGGCACAGGGCUUGAGCUGGGCUCAGAGCACUGAGCUGGAACAUCUCAUCAUGUUGCCUGUGUUUAUCCCUCCUCUCCCCUCCCCUGCCCCCGAGGUCAGGGAACCACCCCCUGAUGGAGCCGAAGCCCUCCCUGCUCAGGCCGGCAGAGGAGACCCAGUGGUGCAGCCUGGUUAUUUUCCCUCCCACAGGGGGAGAGCACAGCCUGGAGGAGACACCAGGUCUUGCUUUUGUGCCUUCAAUUCCUCUUAAGAGCCUGUUUGACAUAAUGCUGGGCAGUCACAGGGUCGAGAUUUUACCUCUCUGCAGAGACAGACACCUCAGCUCCUCUCCACUUGAAAUGGUGGCCCAGAGUUUGACCAUCUCACCUGGCUGCUGAGCCAUGGACCCAAGGAGGAGAGCAGGGGGUUUAGUCUUUGAUUCUGGGUGGGAGUAUUUGGGGCAGGUUGUCACUGAAGGGUCUCAGUCCCUGCAGCGUGUUUGGGGGCAGGUGGAGAUGUGCCAAAGCAGAGCUCUGCCCCGUGCUGCCUGCAGAAAGGGGGUGCAGGCAGCAUUCGAAAGCUGUUGUGCUGAGGGACAGGCUGUUUGUGUUUAGUGCCAGGUUCCCUCUGCGGUCUCAGCCUGCAAACCUGCCAUCUCGCCUCAGGACGUGGCUGCCUUCUGCCUUGGACCAAGGUGUUCCUGCCAUGAGGCUUCUGUAGCUCUUGAUGGUUCAAUUGCAAGUUAUUUGUGCAACUUCUAAUCAAGUUUGAGAAUGAUUCAUUUCAUAAAUUAAAGAUGAUCUUUUCUGUAA